GACGACACUUUAAGCCGGAGAGUUAAAGAUGAAAGUGAUGCUAACAGAAAGAAGUGGCUCAUCUCAUUGGGUGUUCUGGGCAGCAGUCUCUUGUUUGUAUGGCUUAAAAUAAGAGACAGGAAAGUGCAACUUAAAAAUGAGAUGCCUCUUCUGGGCAGCAGUAGUGGACCAAAUGAGGCUUCUGAAGAACCGAAAGAGAAUGAGGCCGAUAAGAAGAAAAAGAAGACCGGGUUCCGAGACCAAAAGGUAAUAGAGUACGAGAACAGAAUUAAGUUGUACUCCACUCCUGACAAGAUCUUCCGCUACUAUGCUACUCUGCAGGUGGGCAAAGAAAAGGAAGUCUACAUGACUCCGGCUGAUUUUGUCCGCAGCAUCAUCCCAGACAGCAAACAGCCAGAAGGGCUUGGGCUAGACAAAUUCAAGAUGUUCGACCCGGAGAAGACUGAUUAUAUGGUUUGGCAUACGACUGACAGUUGUGUGGAUGAGUUGGAGAUCGGGGAGGACUCCUUCUUCCACAAACUGGGCCAGCAGGGACUCAUCUCCUUCUCAGACUACGUUUUCCUUCUCACUGUCCUGUCCACGCCAGCCAAGAAUUUUGAGUUUGCGUUCAAAGUGUUCGAUAUCAACGGAGACGGAGUGGUAGAGCAUCACGAGUUCGAACAGGUAGCAAGUGUGAUCCGUGCAAGUGGCAGUGUUGGCAAGAGACACCGCGACCACAAGACUACAGGCAACGUCAUCAAGAAGGGUAGCGGAGGAGUGUCUUCGGCACUGGCCACCUACUUCUUCGGACCCAACCUAGACCAGAAGUUAUCCAUCGGGGAUUUCCUCAAAUUUCAGCAGGAAUUGCACCGAGGAGUGCUAGAGCUUGAGUGCAAGAAGCAGUGCAAAGAAGGCGACAGUAUGAGCGAGAAGCAAUUCAGCAAACUUCUCCUCAUGUACCUGCAGCAGAGUCAAGGCAGGAAGAAGGAAAUGCUGAACAGAAUCAACAAACUCUACGGCAGAAAAAACAGCCAAGACCAACAAGACAACCCAGUUGUGACAGAGCGCAUCCCGCUAGAAGACGUGUACGCUUUUUGGGACGUGUUGACCCGACUGAAUGAGGUCGAACAUGCAAUCACUUUCUGGACACUCAGUGGGGCUCCGAUCGACAAGGACACGUUCAAACAUGUUACUCGCAUAGUAGGCAAAAGAGAGCUGAACGAACACCUAGUCGAAGUCCUCUUCCAGCUGUUCGACGACAACGGCGACGGCAUGCUUACUCAUCAGGAGUUCUUUGAUGUGAUGAAGAGGAGGGUUUGGCGAAAUUUGAGGAGGCGGAGAGACAUGGGGCUGCACCGUCUGCUGAGUGCGUGUGGCACCUGUCUCAAAACUACAGACUUCCUCACACCACUCAAGAAAACGAUCGGUUGGAACUGAAUGGAAAAAUGCAUUGGAUCGAUUGGCAGUCACGUUUGUAGCAGUCGGAGUCUGGAAUUGUAAUGAAAACUCACGAUCUUUUGAAUAAACAUAUCGCUAAAACUCUGUGAAGCGAAAUAAAAGUUAAUGCUCCUCAUAAUUGUUUAAACCUGUUUAUAAAUUAGAUAGCUCAAAUAAUUAAAAAUGUUAAAUUGUUGCUCCGAAUCUCGAAAAAGUGAAGUCAUUGUAGUCCAUG